AUUUUCGAACGCGAAACAGUUAGGAGAGAACGGUCAAAACAUGGCGCUCGCUUAUAUUUUCUACUAACAUAGUAAUUUCUAAAGCAUCAGUGAUCGAUCUCAAGGAAUUUCAACUACAAAUCUUCUAACUUUCAGCAACGCUUUUAUCGCUCAGUCUAGGUUUUAUGAUCGCAUUACUUCCAGUAGCCUUGAUGUAGGAAUGGCCUCGAAAGUUGUUGAUGAAAAUUUGAUACUAAAUUUUGGAGAUCUGCCCUCAGAAGGCGAAGUCUUUAGGCAAAAAAUUGUUUUUGUUGAUGUUGGUUCUGAUGAACACGAAUGGCGAGAAGUAUGCAAAUUUAUAGCUUCUUUAGGAGCCACGCUGAUAAGUCGUGUUACGGAUUGUGUAGAUUUUUGUGUGUUUAAAGAUGGUAGUAAGACAACGUGGGAUGCCUGUAGUAAAUACAGCGUACCUCGAGUCAGAGUUACAUAUGUUAUGGAAUGUAAAAUGCUUAAUUUUCUUGUUGAUAUGGACGAUUUUCUUUCACCAUCGCCUUAUCAAGAAGAAGAAGCUGUUCAGGAAAAACUUCCUUCACCUGCUGUCAGGUACCGGUUUUCACCUACUAGGGCUUGUUCGCCUUUAAAAAGCGAUGAAGAACUUGAAGAGUUAGACGUUGUAAUGAGACGGCAUAUGGAACGAAAGUCUUUACAAAAUGUUCAAAAAAGUCUCUUAAAUUUUGAUGUUGCUUCAACACCCGAGCCAAUUGCAUGUUCAUCAAUAAGAAGAGAUAACCCUAUGAAAAGUCGAGUAGACGAUGAUUUAACUCCUAGAGAUGUUAAGGAUAGCAUGGAUAAAUCAGAGGAGGACUUGUUUAAAGACAGCGAAAAUGAACAUGAUGUUGAAACUACUUUAAAUACAAGAAGAAAUGCAAAGAAGUCAUAUAAAAAGUUUUUUAAUGAUAGUGACCUUAGAGGUGAUAAGUCCGAUGACAAUGGAGUUGAAAAUUCUGAUAGUCCUUCCGAAAAAAAAUUAUGUAGUUGGCGAAAUCGUGAUAGAGAGAUUGAUUAUUCAAAAAAAAUAUUUCCAAAAGUCGAACAAAAUAAAGACAGUUCUGAUAAAGAAGCUGAGGACGAAGAUGAUGAACUGUCAUCAUUUAUUAAUCCUUUUGAUGGAGACUUUGAAGAUUCAUUAGAUGAUGAUCCAAAAAGAAAAAGCUUUACCCAUAGAAGAGUCGUUCGAAUGCAGAAUUCCCAGCUCUUGACUUCUUCGCCCAUUUGUGAUGAAGAGGAGCUGAGAAUUGAAAAUCUGAGAAAUUUAGGUAAAUUGCGAUGUGAUAAAGUGAAUGUUAUAAUUCCUAAGCAAAAAUCUCAAAGACGUAAACGAGUCGUAAAAAAGUCUGAAACAAAGAAAGAAAAAGCCUCUAAAAAAAAAAGUGAUGAUUUAUCUUCCAACAGAACAAAAAUUAGAAAAAGAAAAGAAACACUAUCUGGUCCUCCGAAGGAAUAUCGACGUAUUUUAAAUGCAAAGAAACAUGACAUGUCAAUCUAUGACUUUCCUAAUACACAAUCUUCCUCUCAACAAACAGAACAACUCGUAUUCAAGAAAUCUUCAGAUAAUGACGAAUGCCAGCCAAAAAAUAUUCCAAAAGAAAAUAACACUUCAAAUCCAAAUUCGCCUGAAAGAGAAAAUUCAGUGAAAGAGAGUGUACGCGAUACUCCCGCAUUAAAAACAACAAGCUCUGAAAUAAUUAAUGAGGAAGAAUCAGAUACCGAUUUUUUCCCAAGCCAAUUAGCUGAAUCGAUAUCAAUAAAGGAUCAUAGAAAAUCCCGCAAAAAUGGAACGCUUUGUGCCCCAGUGAAAACAGAUUCUACUACAUUCCUCUGCGAAACUUCAAAAAAUAUUAAAACAGAAGAAAACAAUGAUUCUUCAAGUGAAGACUUUUGGUCUUCCCAAUUGUGUCGCAGCUUAUCCUCUAAUUCAGUUAAGAAGUCAAGAAGAAAUGGAACAUUGUGCUCUAAUAAUACUAAAACGGCAAAAAAAGCAAGAAAAAGUAUUGAACAGGCAUCUGCACUAGAAAAAAUAGCAGCCGUGAUAGCCGAAACUGAUAAUUUCCUUUACGAAUCUUCUGAAAGGGAAAACAAACUAAAAUCUAAUAAGCCUAAUACACGCAAACGGGCCUCUAAUACUUUAUUGACCUCCAAGUCACCAAAGUCAACGAGAUGCGAAACUGUAAAUUCUUUAAAAGAAUCUAUGCAUAAUGAACAAAUUUUGAAUGAGGCUAUACAGCCAACAAAAGCGAAAACUUCACCAAAUAAUAAAAGUAAAAAGCAAACAGCACAGCAAAGACGUCGAUCCAAUCGUAUUAAAUCUUCUGCGGAAGAAAUUUUAUCUUCUGCGGACAAUGAAAAGAAUGAAGCAACACUUUUUAAAGUUCCUCUUGCUAAAAAAUCUAAUAAAGCUGCUAAAUCAUCAAAAUUGCCAGUUCCGUGUUCACACUCAGGAAAUUCUUCUAAUGACGAAAAUUAUAGUUCAGAAAAUAACAAAAUUUCAAGUUUUAAAACAUCAAAAAUAGCUGUGAGGCGAUCAACUAGAUCGGCAACAUCUAAUCGAACGUUAAACUCAGGUACUUCUACCAACAGUACGACUUCCGCAAGUUCAUUAACUGUAAAAAAAGAUAAUGUAAGCAAAAAUGAAAAUGUGAAUUUGCCGCGAAAGACAAACGUAAAAUCAAAAAAAGACGAAAUCUGCUCUUCAGAUGAAGGAAUGGAUUUUAAAAAGUCGAGCAAAUUGAGUCAGGCAGACUCGCUAAAUGUAAAAUUGAUAAAAAGAAGGAAGAGGCAAACAAUUUCAACACCUCCAUCUCAUUCUUUGAAAUAUACCAAGAGAAAUGUUGUAUUUAGCUCAUGUAACUCGAAACAACAGCAACUCUUUGCUAAAGCCUUAGAAAGACUUGGAAAAUUCACUUUGAAAAAAAGUUUAACUAGCAAAAAUGAUAUCUUGGUUUUAGGAAAUAAUAAAAGAACAUUAAAAGUAAUACAAGCAACAAUAUCAGGUUGCAUGAUAGUAUCCUUUGAUUGGAUAGAAAAAUCACUUUUAAAUUGUAGUUGGUUGGACUUGGAGACAUUUGAAACUAAAGAACUGUUUCAAACAGCCUCAAAAGUUAGAUGUGGUAUUUUUAAGCUGAAUCUCCUAUUUCAAAAAGUUGGUAAGAUAUUCAUUGCUGAUGAUACACAACCUGAUAAAGUUGAACUGGUUAAACUAAUAAAAUCAUGCGGUGGAUCUGUAACAGAAAUUCGUAGCAAUGCGAAAGUAAUAAUAGGAACAAAGAAUACAAAAGGCAAAUUAAAUGGAUUAUCACCAACUUGGGCUAUAGAUUCUAUUAUGGCUAAUAAACUAAUGGCUGUAGGUUCAGAAUAUAUUUUGUAAGUGAUUUUUACAUGAGAUUGAAUAUUUUUUGCUAAAUUUAGUUGUGUUAGAUGAUAGAUCUACAUUUCGGUUCAACACUUUGAAGAGACUCGAUAUUAACUCAGAAUUGACUUAAAAUCAAUUUUGUAUCGAAAUCUAUAUACUGUUGUAUAAGUAUGGUAUAAUUUUGUUAUAGCUUUUUUCUAUAAAGCCUUCUUCUAUGUCUUCGAAAUUCUGAUAUUUUAUCUAAAUUCGCUAAAGAGUCUAAUUCAAGAAAGUUGACAUUAUAUUAUUAAACUUUUGCAAUAAAACGUUUUAAAGCAAGAUUGAGAUUGACAAAAUUAUGUUCAAUCAAUAGCUACUAAAGGUCAUCUAAACUAACAAAUUUAACAAAUACUUCUUAUACUGCCUGGAGAGAAUCGUAAGGUAAAUUUCUUGAACGACAAGGAAAAAAGUAUGUCCAGAAAGGUCCUGGUCCACAAACAUCUGAUAGUGCGUUUGGUACCGUUUUUGUUGCUGGCAGAGAGCUCAGCGGGAUGAAUCCAGCAGCACCCAUUUGCAUUGUUUCGAUUGUAGUUUUAUCAGCUACUACUAGGAGUAUCUGCGAAAUAAACAAAGCUAAACAUGCACAGCCCAUGAAGACUCCCAUACACAUCAGUACUGCUAUGUAAUAAUUCUGAUAGAUAUAUAGGGAGUCAUCGUCGUCGUAGACUUCUCUUUCAGGUAGGACGCAAAGGUGAAGAAAAGCAGUUAAGAAACUUGUUCCGCUUAACAAAACAGCAUAAAAUAACAAUUGAAGAAAUGCAAACUGGGACAUGAUUCAUAUUAAUAGCAAUAUUUUAUGGAUUCCCUUUUAUUUUGUAAAGGCGAAUAAAUGAUUUUACUUUAUAUUUUCUAAAAUUUAUAAGUUAACUUAUUUUGCUACGAGUUUCUUAUAUAAAUCACGUCCCUGAUUAGCUUCGCCAACGCAAUUAUUUAUCCAAGGACAAUGAUGAUCCAUUUUCAAAACGCAUUGUUUACAUCUUUUACAGUGAUGUGCCCUAUCGGGCCUUCUCUUCUGACAUUUGUCGCAGUAUGUCUUUGGUUGAGUCGGUACUUCAAUUGAAAUUGAGCUAUGUUCAAUAAGUUUACUCUCUGGUUCAUAAAAUUGAGAAUCUGGUACUUUUCCUGGAUUCGUCAUUGUAGCUCUAAAUAAACUUAAAAUGCAAAACAAUGAAAUAGUACAAAACAUUGCGAUUGAUAGUAAGGAGACAUGGUUCUCCUUAUAGUGAGGAAUUAAAAUAACAAAUAAAGUACUCCAAGAGCCGUAGAUCCAAUAUGCUAUAAUAAAGCUCAUAUGUAGUAACCCCUGAAGAUCGCAAUUAAAUUUAAUAUUCCUAAUCAUGAUUAGUUGUAAAGAUGAAAUUGUAUCUAAAUUUUACGCAAAUCUCGAUGGUUACGAUUGUUGAUUCUAAUCGAAAGCCGCUUAAACUGGUAUUCUUUUCCUAAAUGUCUUGGUGAAAGAUUCAAAAACUUUUCAAUUCGUUGUUCC